CUGGUGUUUAAUGUCUCCUCAGAAAAUCCCGGAAUACACAAUUACAAAACAAUAAAUCCUCCAUUUCUGUCAUUAAAUAAAUGAUUACAUAAUAGUUCUCAUUAACGCGAGAUUAUCCUGGAUCAUUCGGUUUGCGUCACACCGAUUAGAAAAGACAAAUAGAAAAGUUGUAAUAGUGUAAAAUCCGGUAUUCGUUGAAUUUAUCGUUGCAAUUGGGUAAAGCCCAACAAAACUGACGGACACGUCACAGAUUAAACAUGACUGUACUUUACCGAUAUCUAGUCGUCUCUCUACGAUUUGCAAUCAGUGCCAACAGUGAUAUCAAGCUGAGAAGAGCCUCUCAGUCUCUUCGAGGCGAAUUUAACGCUCAAACAUGUGUAGAUCGACUACCAAAUGGUUUUCAAUAUUUAUUAUUAUCGUAUCUGUUGUUUCAGGAAUUAUUUUGGGGGUCGCAGGUGAAACAUCGGCUGCAGGAGUGCCGGGCUCGUGCAGAUUGGAUCAAUUCAGAUGCAGCAAUGGUGAAUGCAUAGCCAGUCACUUGCUGUGCGAUGGAAAAGCAGAGUGUGCAGAUGGGAGUGAUGAGACUCGUCUUGAAUGUUUGAAUCCCAGGAUCGCGUGUCCUGCGUAUGCAUUUCGAUGUGAUUACGGUGCCUGCGUCGACGGUGACGCUAAAUGCAAUAAAAUAGACGAUUGCAUCGACAGAAGUGACGAGACACUGGCAGAAUGUACAGAAGGUCAUGUGAUAAAACCUGCAAGCCGUCCCAAUUGCACUUCCGAUCAAUUCCAGUGUGGAACCGGUCAAUGCAUCCACAGGACUCUAGUCUGCGAUGGAUCCCCUGAAUGUCCUGAUAGAUCUGACGAGACAUUCACCAUUUGUGGAUCCUAUCAGUGCUUGCCAUCGACCUUCAGGUGUGAAUACGGUGCAUGCAUAGAUGGAGAUAAAAAAUGCGAUGGAGUGAGAAAUUGUGCAGAUGGUACAGACGAGGGUGAAGCUGCCUGCAGAGGUAAACAACCCCCAGGAGUCCCAGGCAGGGACACAACCACUUGGACCCCCCGGCCUUGGACCCCAGCACCUCCGACCCCGACCCCCCCGACUGCUUGUCCACCACCUCCAGGGAUCCAGGAUGGCACCUGGAGGGUCCACUCCUCCCAGUGUCCAAAUCAAAUCAACAACUGCGACCCUCCAGAGGGAAUGCGCAUGGACCCCGGAAGACGUUUAGUUUAUUCUUGCAAUAAAGGAUAUCGUUUAACGGAUGAUGCCGACGUCUACUGCGCCACCGGGGGAAAAUGGUCGGACAUUCCGCGAUGUGAAGAAAUUCGAUGCGAACCCCUUGACACGCCAUCGACGAGAGCUGAUUGCACUCUGAAUGGUGAAUACAGAUCUUGUGGAGUACCAGUGCUACCAGGGACUCAAGCACAAUUAUCCUGCCGGAGUGCUUAUCGCCAAGAGGAUACCUUCUGGCAGAACAAUCGUGUCGGCUGCAACGCCCAAGGGCAGUGGGAACCACAACCAAUAAAAUGCAUUCCAGUGUGUGGAAUUACACGUUCGAAAGGAGUGAAACCCCUGGUAGUGGAUGGAUUUGUGCCGAAUAUAACAGAUUUUCCCUGGCAUGCGACCCUAUACCAAACGGAGAAUGACCCAUUAGUAAAAAAAUUCUUCUGUGGAGCUACCGUAAUAACAGAAGACUUGGUGAUAACCGCCGCUCACUGCAUAUUCGAUGAAUCAAUUAAAAAGCCAAAAAAUCCGACGAAUUUGUUCAUUUCAGUGGGAAAUGUCUACAGAGAUUACGACGAGGAGUACCCGCCAUACAUAGAAGUCAGAAAAGCGAGAGUGAUAAACAUCUUCAUGAAUUGUGAUUAUCAAGGAUACGAUGGGUGGCACAAUCACGACAUUGCGAUCCUUCAAGUGAGGCCUUCUCUCAAUUUUAAAUCUUACUUCGUACCGAUCUGUCUCGACACGAUUGCAAGAACUCAUGCCAUUGAUCUGGGAACCAACGGACAGGUCGCAGGAUUUGGUAGAACAGCACUAGGACCUUCCAGUGCAAUUAUUCGGGCCCUAUCUGUCCCAGUGGUGCCUAAAUAUAAAUGUAUCGAACAGGCUGACAAAGUCAAAGGCAGAAAAUUCAUAACUCCGGAUAAAUUCUGCGCUGGAUACACGAAUGGCUCUGCUGUCUGUAAUGGAGACAGUGGGGGUGGAUUGACAUUCGAGACAAAUGGAUUAUCGUACCUUCGGGGUAUUGUGAGCAGUGGGAUUGGGAUAAAUGAUACUGAUCUUCAAGCUACUUGUGAUCAUACGAAAUACGCCAUAUACACAGAAGUCGCGGAACACAUACCCUGGAUACAAGAUAUUAUGUACAAAGUAGAACACAGACAAUCCAUCGGUGAAUGUCACAGUGCCGAGGCAAAUAUUGACUGGCUCAAUGGAUAAAUCAUUCACAUCUCAGAA